UUUAGUUACGGCGUACGUAGCAACCAAAAUGUAGGGUAGAUUACAGAGGUUAAUUGAUUUAAGAUUUGCAUUGUUUGUCAUGAUUAUAUGUGUCACUUAUUGAUUCACUCAUAGAGAGAGGAAUAUACUUUUAUUCCAUCGACUAAUAGCAGGCUCGAAUUUAUCGCUCGCUGGUCGAGUAAGAAGAAAAACGUGAUAAUGACGGAAGUUUCAAAUUCGACCCUGUACGUUCAGCAGCGGGUGCAGUCCUCAUAUUUUCCGACGAUGCCACCGAAUGCACCCAAGGCAACACUAGCAUACCCAAGGGCCACAUCAACUGCACCAUACACAGCAUUGGUGGGUGUUGUGAUUGAUGGAAGGAUUCCAGAAAGGUACCCUGUGACCAGUCGAUGCCGUGUGAGGAAACAGGUUGGCCAUACGAACCGCUGGAGACUGCCCGAGUCUCUGGGUAGCGACCUGUUGGGGAGUGCCCAAGCUAUCAAGGCUGUAGCCAUGCCGUACAACCAGACACUGGUCAACAUCAUCACAGCUGAGAGUCCCCAGAUCAAUCUGAACCUGGAUGUGACUAGACCAUACACAUUUAGACAAACACGAGACCGCCCCUAUACUGAGCCCACUGCUGUACCCCGCCCAUUUGGGGCAACGUUAUCUGAGCACCAGCCACGGGCUCGGGACAGCAUGGUGCCGGCCUCCGCCCCUGUCACCAGCAUUAAGCCCUUGUCCCCAAUUAAGAAGGUGGUGCCUGGGAAAGCCCGCCCGGCCACUCCUAAAGACAUCUUCCUCUACCACUCAAAGAAGAGCAAAAACUACACUGGACCUGGGGGAUGUAGAUUCAGGCUCUCCGGGCCAGUCUCGGCCCAUCAUUACCACGAUGUGCUUUUGCGGUGCCUGGGUAUGGACUGGGAGCUGCACCGCCCAUUCAUCCGCAAGUCUCGCACCCUGACUGCCCUCCUCCUAGGUGCUGAUGACCCAAAGCCCCAGUUGUACUACAAGAGUGCUGCCUCGGAGACCCUGGAUAACUACAUUAAGAAGAGCAACUUUUACAGUAACGAGUACCGUGAGAUGUCCAACCGGUUGAGCACGAUGGAAGGGCUGGAAGUCCAGACGGUGGAUCCCGAGGCAGAGCGGAAGAUUGAUCACCCAUCACACACUUCCCGCUCCAUUGUGAACAAUGUCACUCUCAUACACAUGGAUAUUGAUGACCCCACUGUGACUAAAACUGGGAUGGCUAUUGCCCUGGGCAACAUGUAUCAUGAUGACAUUGAUGUUGACCGAGAACAGCUUGCUGAGGUCCUGGCAGCGGCAUCCAUCCUGCAGUUUGAUGCGCUUAUCAAGGGCUGCGUGAAACUGAUGUUAGGAAACUUGAAUUACGAGACUGUGUGUAAAUACCAUGAUGUCGCAACAAGGCACCAGCAAGAGCACGUGGUGCUAGCUUGUGAGAGAUGGUUGGAACUCAACCUUAUACCAGAGUUGUCCAACAACAUACAGCUGCGUGAGAUGCCAAUGGAAUUGUUACAGAAGAUCAUCAAGUCCAAUCGCCUGUUCACAUUCAACGAGUAUUGUUUAUACCGCACUCUGACCCACUGGCUCUUCAUGCAGCUAAACCCACAUCUCCAGCUCAUGCCCUCACAAAGCACUGUCCUCUCCUACUUCAACAGUUUACCAAAGACAGCAUCGUUCAUAGAGCGGGACGAUGGCCAGAUUUUUUCCCCCCUGUUUUCAGCUGUUAGACUUCAUGGAAUUCUGGACACAAACUGUAUACAGGACAUGCAGCUGAUGAACAUUUUGCCGAGGGAGAAACUUGUAGACCUCCUGUCUCAACAUUACCAUUCUCUACAAGGUGGAGGUGACAUGUCUCGGAUGAAAAACUUCAACACGGCAGCCAUCCGACAAGGCUUCAUCAUAGACACUGAUCCCUUGUAUCACUCUGAGGUCCUGUCUAUCCAUGGCUUCCACUUUGAGCUGAAGGGUGUCGGCGCUAGAGAUGGAGUAUACUCCUUCUAUAUGCAGCGACUGAAGCCUGGUGAUCCUGUCCUAAGUUUCCGUCAGUGUGAGCGCCAGACAUUCUCAAUGCGCGCUGACCGAGAAGUUCGCUACUGUAUCACUGUGCAGUAUGUGAAAAAGGGUGAUAACAACAUACAAACCACGGGCAUUAAGAGCCAGAAGUUCGGGCUGGGAGAGAAAACCAGCAAAUCUGAAGUGCUGCAACUAACGGGCAUACAGAAGCCCCUGUAUGUACAGUUUGCGCUCCUCUUCCCAACCUCUUAGAUACUGAUGCCGUGGAAACUGCCCGUAGCAACAACAGACUCAUGUGAACAUGUUUAUAAGUUUAAUGUAUCAAAUUGAAAUUAAGUGGUUUGUUUUAUUUUAAUAAUAGCACAAUCAUGAUUAAUAUUACAGUUUUUUACAUAUUUAUUUAUUUUUUAUUUGUUAUUCUGUAUAAUCAAAUUGAAACUGUGCCAAACUGUUGAUUUAUAAAGCAUAAUAUUGUACACUUGAAUAGUUGCUCAGAAAUGUGAAGCAAAUUCUGUUUUCAUCAAAGUUAUUGAUAGUGUUGUGAAUAAGUGUUGUGGAGAUGUCAUUCCAAGCAUUAUAAUGUUCAAAUUCUGAGGAAUGAAAUGCAUUAAAAAAACAUUUCUGGCAGGAGUUGAUUAACCCUAUAUUACAGAGUGACCAGUAAGAGUAUUUUAAUCAUAGUUCUUUCAGUUUUAUAGCUCCUCUAUUUUUCAAAUCAAACAGGAGUUAUUGGGAUAGCCUUUAGUCCCUAGUGCAGGCCCAUGGCCAUGACCUAGUGCAGGCCCAUGGCCAUGACAAAGGCUCCCAGAUUUCUUCACAUGAAACGAACUUCACUUGUUACCAGACACAAAUUGUGCUCAUGUUACAUGUGUUGCAAUGCCCAUAUAUGUGACUCGAACAAAAUAUGGAGUAAUGCCCCUGAAAAUACAGACAAGGGUUGCCUCCCGCUUGAGUUAUCUUGUUUCGCUUUUCAAUUAUAACCAUUCGGACAUGUUGAAGUAGCAGAAAAGAAUUGUUGUUGCGUAGUCUAGCUUUUUUUAGCUUAUUUUUUCUUAAUAAUGUGAUCUAUUAAUUAUAAUAUUACAUUUGAUAAAUUACAUUUGUUGAUCACCUCAUAUUAAUAACAUGACAAAUUGCCCUGUACAUACACUGUUAUGAAUGCAAAACCUUUAUAAUAUUAUACGAGGUAUUUAUCCAUCAGAGUUGUUUUGGAUAUGGGUUGACUGUUAUUCAUCCUUGUGAUUCAUUAUUGUUUUACACUCACCAACUGUGAUAUACAUUUAUCAUUAUUUUCAUCACUAAAACACUGUCUCAUACUCUCCUGGGGUAAAAUGAACUGUUAAUAUUUGAUUACACCUUUGUUGUGUGUUGUUUUUGUUGUGAUUUCACUAAAUGAAUAAAAAAAUUAACAUAUA